AUGGUGAUCAGUCUCUACUGUAUCUAUCUCUCCGUCCAUCCAUCCAUCGGCGGUCCGUCCGUCUGGACGAUGCAUAUCCCUAUCAGCGAUCGGGCUGCGAGAUCUGAGACGUGCGUGCGUUUUGAGGGCUCUCUGCGAAGAGCGUGGCCCAGCCCUCUGCAGCGGCGAGUCGCCUUCCUUCGCACCCCAGAUCCCACGCGACCCAGCGACAUGGUGACCCCCAGCUCUCCCGCGUUCGCGGGUCGUCCUCCGCUCCCUUCCAUCUCCUCCCGCCGCGCUCCGUCCCGUUGCACCCCGGACAUGCGUGCAGGGCCGGCUGCUUUGUGACUUGACCUCCACGCUGAAACCAUCCGCAUCACCCUUGCCGAUCGCGCUGGCCGAUCGGCGCUGACCUGUGCAAAGCGCCCUUUGUCACCCACUGUCUGUGUAUCCCCAUGGUCCCCCGCGCGUGCCGGGCCUCGACGCGGCGUGCGCGAUCGGCGCGCCUCCCAUCGAUACUGACGUCGAACCGUUGAUUCAACCUUUGCGAGUCGAAGAACGCGUUCAAAGCCCUCUUUCUACGCUUCGCGCACUUCGACUGGGUCUUGUGGCGCUUCACGUGUGGGAGACGGUCGACGCUGGUGUCCCGUCAGUGCAUGUAUACGCGUUCUCGAGUGUCUAGAGGCUAGACGCGCCGUUUCGUCAUCUCGCCGCGGUGCAUCAUCACAUCGGAGGGUCAUGUGUGCACGGAGAGGAGACAGGGGUGGUACAUAGGACCAGGCCGUGUGUGUCACCCCGUUCCGCGCAUUCUCACACUUGCGUCGGUGCGACGGGCUGUUGCUCCUCGUUAGGCGUCAUCUGCUCGCGGGCAGACGAGCUUCGCGGAACGGCACGCUGCUACACAACGUCACUCCUCGCGUUCUAUCGAGGAGUCUGCUCCCCAGUUGGAUCCACGACAUGUGC